AUGGACAAAAUUGAGCAACGUGCGGUGAUCAAAUAUUUGUUUAAGAAGGGAUUAACGCCAAAAGUCAUUCAUGAUGAUAUGACGAAAACAUUAGGGGAAUCUGCUCCAUCGUAUAGCACUGUUAAAAAAUGGGUAGCAGAAUUUAAACGUGGACGGGAGAGCGUUGAAGAUUACCCUCGCUCCGGCCGCCCUACAACGUCUACGACCGAAGAAAACAUCCAUAAAGUGUGCGAUCUCAUAUUGGAAAACCGCAGAUUGACUAUAAGGGAGAUAGCAGACACUAUAGGCAUUUCAUAUGAGCGAACACAAAACAUCAUUAUCAAUGAACUCGGAUAUUCUAAGGUAUCCGCUAGAUGGGUGCCUAGACUGCUUUCAGUCGAGCAAAAACGAGUUCGUUUAACAAUUUCUCGCGACUGUUUAGAGAUGUUUGAAGCUGAUCCGCAGGACUUUUUGAACCGUUUUGUCACUAUGGAUGAAACCUGGGUUCACCACUAUACGCCAGAGUCCAAACAACAGUCCAAGCAGUGGAAAAAAUCAGAUGAACCGACUCCAAAGAAAGCAAAGAGAAUUUUAUCGGCUGGCAAGGUGAUGGCGUCUGUUUUUUGGGAUGUUCGUGGAAUAAUAAUGGUAGACUAUCUUUCAAAAGGCCAAACAAUAAACUCAGCGUACUAUUGCACCUUAUUGCGUCGUCUACGUGAAGAAAUUAAGGAAAAACGUCCGGGAUUACUGAGGAAGAAAGUGUUGUUUCACCAGGAUAAUGCACACGUUCACACGUCUGUCGAAACGAUGGCUCAAAUUCGCGACUGUGGUUUUGAACUGCUGCCCCACCCAGCUUAUUCGCCUGAUUUGGCACCUUCCGACUUUCAUCUGUUUCCUAACUUAAAAAACACCUUGGUGGGCAGAAAUUUUCCUCAAAUGAAGAAGUUGAACUCGCUGUGA